AUGUACGGGGCCUGCGCUAAGCUAGGUUCUGCUGCCUUAAUUGUGCUGGCACACAUGCACUUCGCCAGAGCGCUCAUCUCUUGGCGUCCAACAGCUUCCCCCUCGUGGAACCAACCAGUCCUCCGGGGUCGGCCCGGUGUCUGGAGCGAAGCCGGAUUCGGCAGUAGUAGCAGUUGGAAUCAUCAGCGGCUGCGGCGCCGGCGGCGUUGUGGCAACUUUCAUCAACGGCGACAAACAAGGGCACCUGCACUGACAAUGCUUUUCGAAAAGAGACCAGAAGAGCGAGCUCUCGGGGACGUUCUAAUACCAGAGGAUGCCCCAGGAGGAGCCGGCGAGGGCGGCGGCGAUGACGCCAUUGGGGUGUCGGUGGAGCCGCCGGGAUUCCUGAAGAGAGUGUUCUCCAUUCCGAAGAACGUUCGACGAACGGCGGCCGCCGGAGACGUGGUGGUUCCUGUGAUAGGCGCGAGGGACGGGUGGGGAGGAAUUCGGCAGGCAAGCAACCAAGGCAUCUAUCCGGGCGUCGAGUACCGCAUCCUCGAGAUAUCAGUCUUCCCCACCGCUCGCACACCUCCCACCGGCGACAGCACUAAAGCGAGCAGCGAUUCUGCCGCCGCGGUAGCACCCUACCUAUCCUCUGCUUCCCAGCCUGAGCAGCAGCAGCAGCAGCAGCAGCAGCAGCAGCAGCAGGAACAGCAGCCCGAUCUCGACGCCGAGCCCACCGCCGUGCUAGCCUCGGCGAGGGACGCCCCCCCGGAAUCCUUCGACGACGGCUCGCUGGUCUUCACGAUGCGCCCGAUCUACCCUCUCGUCGCUCGCCUGGAGCGCGGGGACUGGCCAGUGCGCGUCCCCGCCAGGGAGUUCCCCGUGAUGCUGACGCCCUUCUCGUACAACGCGGCGACGGCGUGGGCGGCGUUCACGACCUCCCUGUCGCUGCUGUCGGUGGGCUUCGUGCUGAGCCAGGCGCUCACCCUGUCCGUGAUCAACAGCCACAGCAUGGAGCCGACACUCCAGGUGGGCGACGUGGUCCUGGUGGAGAAGGUCUCUCGGUCGUUCCUCGUCAAGCCGAACGACAUCGUCUACUUCAGGCCGCCCCCAGUGCUCCAGGACAUCGUCUCGAGGGCGGGGGGCACCCUCUCCCCCAGCGACCUCUUCGUCAAGCGCGUGGCAGCCCUGUCGGGCGACACGGUCACCGUGAGCGCGGACGGGAGCGUGGACGUGCGCGCGGCAGCCGGCGGCGGCAUCACGCGGCUGCCGAAGGGGACGAAUCGAGCCGAUAACGGAGGAAGCGCAGCGGGGGGAGAAUCUGACGUUAUUCUUGGGGACGGCGUCGCGGGGCAAGAGGGGAGUGCGGCUGCGGUGGCGGCGGCGAAGGGUGGGACACUCGCGGAGGAGAAAGUUGCCCUCCCGGACAGCGUGCUGCAGCGAAUAACGCGGCUGGACGAGAAGGUGCUGCCGUCGGGGAGCGUGUUUGUGCUGGGGGACAACCCGGCGGCAUCGAUGGACUCGAGAGUUUGGGGGCAGCUCGACAAAGGGGAAAUUGUUGGGCACGCGUUGCUGAGAGUAUUUCCCCCGCGGUCGUUCGGGCUACUCCAGUAGCUGGUUGGAUGGCGGAGGUUGAGAGAAGGAAUGAAAGAAAAAGGACGAAGAAGCGAGAGACGGGGCGAGAGGAUUGGGGUGGGGAGGGAAUGCUGCGAUUUUUGUGCCCUCUGCCACGGGUAUCAAGGUGUGGCUUGAUUGUUAUUUCCCGGCUGUGGCUUGUUUAUCUUUUGGGGCGAACAUUAGACGGGAGAAUGUCAGGUGCAAAGGCCUAUUGGUAGGGUUGGGUGAAUCAGUACGUACUGCCAGUGCACAUGCACUGGCAGUGCAUGUGCACUGGCUGCGUCAACAGCCAGUACUUCAGCACAUUUUAAUUUUCGCAGAUUUCGUCAAUAGUAGGCCUCAAGAACAAGCGGAAACCCAUCUAUUCACGCCGCCUCUGAGAGAGACACAGCCACACAGCAGUCCGAACACCAAACACGCCACACAGGUCGGGAGACGAUACAACGAUGGACAGGUUUGUAGUCGCCCCUGCCAGCUUGCCGUCUGCUGCAGACCCCGGCAGUGGUGCUGAUGAUGCAGGGGCUGCUGCGUCAGCAGCAGCAGCUACGUCAGCCGCGCAGCAGCAGCAGCAGCCGGAUGCGCCGGCACCGCCCGGAGCAAGCGACGAGUUCGGCCGGGCAGAGAUCAAGUACAGCCAAUCGCCAUCAAGCAGCCUUCGAAGACUGCACACGGCCUUCAAGGUGUCCACAGGUAUCAAGAUGUACGAGGAAGACAAGGAAGGCACAAAAGUGUACCUUGACCCCUUGGACUGGUGGUGGGUACGGUGCGCAGACUUCCCGCACUCGGCCAACCUCGCCCGCCGUGUGCUGGCGAUCCCCGCCACUAUGGCAGAGUCCGAGCGUCUGUUUUCCUGCGCUGGAAACAUCGUUACGAAGAAUCGCAACAACUUGGCCCCGACCACCGUGGAGCUGCUCGUCGUCCUUCUGCGCCACUCGUGGAAGAUAGUGGAGGAAUGGGAACAAUAGAACACCCCCGCGGCCGCGAAGAGGGGCUGGGGUAGUGGCUGUCUUUCAUGGGGAGGAUCUUAGUUUGGUUCUCUGGUGAAGGGUGCUGGUGGCGCAAAGAAUCGCCAUCCUAAGUCUCUGCUUGUUGUGCUGGUGCUAGCGGCAGUGAUUUGUGCGCGGUGUAGGUUGUUCGGUUGCGUGGCUUUGGCGCUGUUCUUAUCUCCUUCUUGAGCAUUCUAUCAAGCUGGUGGUUCAUUUGUUGCGCAACUUAUCCUGUCGUUUCUAGGCAGACUAGACUACUAGAUAGACUGACUGGUCGUUUCCUUUUUAGCUUUUUAACUCUUAGCUGGUUUCUUGGUAUACGUUCAGGGCUGCGGUGUCGUUGUGUCCUUCGUAGAGUCCUUCGUGUUUCUGCGAGAAAGGGGCUGUAGAGUCCAGUAUACGAGAGCGUCGCUCAUCAACCCAAUUGAUGGAUGUCACUUGGUUGCUUGGGAGUAACAU